AUGGCAGAACUCGCAACCACGAAUACGGAAUGGCCGUCAAUCGGCGUUGCACCCAGCACAAAACAACUCUUGGACGACUUUUUCGUGAUUCUAGACGAGGACACACCAGACGCCGGGGAGAAGCUGGCCACCAGAAUCUUCACGCCUGACGGAACUUUCAUUACAUCCAGCGAGAAAUUCACAGGGUUCGACGAAAUCAAAGUUUCGAGAGAACACGCCUACGACGUGGUGAAGGAGCGGGUGCACACACUGAUCAAGGUAUACACAAGCACGGACGACGGCUCAGACCUGCUCGCAAUCGGGGACGCCAGCAUCGUGCUGCACAAGAAUGACAUUAAGAUUGCUGGCAACCUGAUUGCGCGCAUAGUCCUCAAAGACGUGGGAACCGACAACGUGCGCAUCAAAUACUUCCAGGUGUGGGGGGACUCCGGGCCGAUGAUCAAGGCGUUGCAGGCCGCCGCGUGA